AUGUUCCACACGCUAGUCACGUCGCCACUUGGCAUUUACGCGCUUCAACCGGAAGAGGCUGCAGGAUCUCUUAGGCAUGGUAGUUUCCCCAUCAUCAGUCCUACCGAUGCCAAGCUUCCCGACAAUCUUUUCAUUCCUCCAGCAUCAUUUUAUAACACAUCCCUGAUGAGUGACAAUGUGACUGUUGUACUAAACGUGUCAAACCCGAUGUCCUUGGAUUGGUUCCUGGCUGCAUUUCUUCCCCAAAAAGACGCCGGUAUUUCUCCGGGCGGUAUGAUCAGCUUGUGUCAAGUGACUUUCUUCGUCUCAGUCAUGUACUUGACGCAGCCAGACGUAAUUUUUGUAGUACCUGAAAUCCAUGACUUCCAGAACUUCAAGCUUCAUCAGGAUGUCCGCAGUUCACAGUACUACAAGUUUUAUGUUCCUGCUGAUACGUGGCGAGUGAAUGUUACAUUGGCAAAAUGUACUCCGAAGAAAGCUACUCGCGGUGCUUUGUGUCCUGUCAUGCUAUCUGCUAGUGCGGAAUCGCUUCCGAUUACUGAUAAACCCGAGACUGCGUGGAAAAACUGUUCCGAAGACUUCAGAAGUUCCACGUGCACUUUCGAAUUCAUGCCAAAAGAAGAGGCUUGGCAUUUUCUGAGAGUCGAAGCCCUGACGUCGAGUGCCGAGGUCAUCUUGCAAUUGUGGGUUCUUACAGCGUGUAGUUACCAAGCUCCUCAGCAGUCGUACAUGAUGAUGACAGAGUUGACCCCACGGCAAAUCUGUGCAUCUCUGCUGAAGAACGUUUCGCAGCACGCGUCGUUUUUUCCAAACAUUUACUAUCUAGUCCAACGUUCGCAACCCGAUUACUUUUCCAGAGCCGGUUGUUUGGAAAGGUUGGCUUUACGCUUUUGUGUGUGUUGUUUUGAGUGUUUCACCGAUUCUUCUUCGAGCAGGACUUAUCUGGAGAGGAUCACCGGAGAUGGACCAAUGUCGUAUUAUUUCAAGCUUCCGAACGAUGACUUUGACGCACCUCCAAUCGACUCCGUAGAAAUCCCUGUGUCUUCGAACCCGCACCUGUUUUCGUUUGAUCUGCAUUCGGUGAUUGACGUUGGAGGGACGUUGUCUGUGGGGUUUUCCCUCGAAGGACGAGGAUACGGAAGACCUUUGCGAAUUCCGGAAACAAAUCCUGGGAUCCGAGUGUUUGGAUGUUUAGCGCAUGGAAGACGUGCUGAGUUGAAAGCCGAUGGUUGGUGCACUUCGGGACUGUUCCUGCAAGUGAAUUCUUCGUUUGUGACUGCGACAAAAGUGGAAGUGCAAGUGCCGUUUCCGUCCCCGGGGCGAUGGUACUUGAUGUUGAUGGCUCAGUGCUACAGUUACAACGACGGACGAUUUGGGAAACCAGAAUUGUCUCCGUGUAGAGACGAAGCAGCGUUGGUGAAGAUCAAUGCGCAUUUGCAGCCGUGUUUGAAAGGACGCUGUGAGAAUUCCGGGUGUUGUCGGUGUGAUGACAGAGGAGAGAGGUGGUGUGUAGGUUAUCGUGGAUGGUUUUGUAACGAUGAUGCCGAAGCGUUGCCAGAGUAUGUCCAGCUCUUGGCGACGCUGUUGUUGACGCUGUCGAAUCUGAUGUUUGUUCCUUCGAUCGGAAUCGCUAUUAUGAAGAAGUUCUACUCGGAAGCGCUCGUGUUUUUUGUUACUAUGAGCGUGUCUGCGUUGUACCAUGCCUGUGACAGAUUUGGCGCUUAUUCCUUUUGCUUGCUGGAGAUGGGCGUGUUGCAAACGUUGGACUUUUAUUGCGGGUUGCUGUCUUUCUGGGUGACCUUGUUGGCCAUGGCCGGGUUGCCGUGGGGCUUCAAAUCCGCGUUUCAUUUGCUCGGAGCUGUGGGCAUUUUGCUGGCUGUCGAAAUGGACCGGGCGAGUGUGUGGGCAUUCGUUGUACCCACUGCGUUUGCUGCGCUCAUCAUGUUUUCUGCCUGGGUGGUGUUUUGCUCGCUGGACCGUCGGUGUUACCCCGGAAAGCGGUAUUUCACGUUGCGUCUGCUACCCGGCCUGAUUCUUGGCGCGUGUGGACUCGCAGUCUUCAGUUUCUUCGAGACAGAGUCGAAUUAUUACCUGACGCACUCUGCGUGGCACGCUUUGAUGGCUGCCGCCUUGUGCUUCCUGCUUCCGUUUGUGCAUCCGGGCAAGUCGGUGACUCGGCGAGACGUGUACGGGUUCAGGGAGACGACAUCGUCGAGACCCAUUAUCCAGACGACGACGACGGCUGAUUCCGUCAUGGGCGGUGCGACGUUGAAUCGGAAACGGGUGUCUGUGAAUCACGGGCACUUGGACAAUCAGGAAGAACGGGGACUGGAUGUUGAGCAAGUGUCAAAUUCAGACGUCUUCAAAUUCUCGUUUGCCGAAACUUACCGUCGAGGUGGUAGUGGUGGGAUGGACACGUGGUUGGCGCAGAGUCCGACGGAAAACAAGGCUGUUGUUUCGGUGUCACCGCAUCCGUCCGUCGGCGUCGAAGGACAAUCAAUCAUGCAGCACAAGGACGGCCAUGCGUCGUUGAGGGAGGAGGAGGAGGAGGAGACCUGA